AAAAAAAAAAAAAAAGGAACAGAGUAAGAAGCUCUAAUGGCAACGGUUGGCAGAGUAGUUGUGCUGCUAUGGGUGGACAUAUUGGCUAUGUACGCGAUGUAUGUAAUGAUGUCGUACUUAACCAACGUUUGGAAGAUCGGUUUCACACACGCCGCCGCGAUAGUCAACAUCUUCUGGGGCGUCGUCUCGCUAUCUCCUUUGUUCCUAUCUUUCAUAGCCGACACCUUCACCGGCAAUUACUGGAUGCUCUUGCUCUCCAGCUUUUCUUACAGCGCCGGAUUAGGGUUCUUGACAAUGUCGACGCCACCUGUACUAGCAACCCAGUAUGGGAAACUGCAAAGAAUACAGCCCCGAAGCAAUCGGUGAAGACCAAAAAAUACUGUUCUACGUAGCGAUGCCGUUGAUUGCUUUCGGAAUGGGAGGUCACAUGACUUCUUGGAAUAUUUUCAUGACGGAGCAGUUUAGCGGAGAAGAAGACAAUCUCGACGAGGGCACGUUUUGGAGGUUCUUUUGCAGUGUUUUAGCAGUUAUCAUCGUCACUUUCGUUGCCGUAUUAGGACUCCCGUACGUAAAGCCGUGGUCCCUACGGUUCGGUAUUCCUGCAAUAUGUACACUUGUCGCCACUCUUCUGUUUUUGAGCGGCUCGUGUUCUUACAAGUAUUUCAAGCCAAUGGGAAGCCCUUUAACCGUGUUUUUCCGAGUCUUUGUUGCCGCUUUUUCGAACUUGUUUUACCGAACUCCUAAAGAUAGUAAGCAGCUUUUCGAGAUCGAUAACCCUCAGCUUUACUCCGUUCCACACACGAGGAGCCUCAGGUGUUUGGACAAGGCAGCAAUUGUAAUACCAACAAAGCCACUAGAGGAACAAGCGAAGAACACGUGGAGGCUAUGCACGGUAACAGAAGUGGAAGAGACGAAAACCAUCAUACGCAUGAUUCCCGUGUGGAUGACUUUCAUCCUAUGUGGCGUAGUCUCAGCCAUCGGAUUCACAUACUUCAUCGAGCAACUAGAUCACCUGAACCCUAAAGUGGGCCGCCUCAAAGUCCCAACGGUAGCCCUUCUUUGGUUCUACGAGCAAGCCCAAAACCAAUGCGUGUAACUCUACGUCAAGUUCACGAAUGCCUUGGGAAUAUCCAAAUCAAGAAAGCUAGCUCCUUCGUUCGGGAUUUCAGUAUCGAUGAUACUUGCGAUUCUUUGCUGUAUAACCGCCGCGAAAGUGGAGAAUCGAAGGCUUGGCGUGGUUCAAAGGCACGGUUUAGUUGAUAAGCCCGACGAAAGAGUGCCGAUGACUAUGUUCUGGCUGCUUCCGCAGUUUGUUCUGCUCGGAGGGUUUAACGGGAUUUUUAAUUACAGUGCGAUUAGUUUCUUUAUCGACCAAUCGCCUGUUUCGACGCAUAGGUGCUUGCCGUUUUUCGUUAGUGGUGUUUCGGGUGUCGGGAUUCUGUGCAGUGUGGUGUCGGUUUACGUUGUGGGGAGGAUUAGUGAAAGGGGAGGGAAAAUGUGGUUUCAACAUGAUUUGAAUGGGAGUAGGCUUGAUAAGUACUACUGGACAUUGGCUUGGCUGAUGGCGGUUAAUCUUGUUGUGUUUAUAGUUGUGGCGGUUUUUUACCGUUAUAAGGAAGCUGAGCUGGCGGAACAACAGGCGGAGGAGUUUGGCGGGAUUAAUGAGCCGUACGAUGAUGACUCGAAAGGCUUUUGUUGCUGCUGCUGCUGUUAGAUUUAAUAUUAUAAUAAUAAGCAUAUUAUGAAAAAUAAUUUUUUUUAAAUUUUUUUUUAAUCACCAUUGUAUAUUCGUGGAUCAAUACAAAAUUAAAAAUAAAUUUCUUAAGUGAAAAUUAGAAAAGUUGGAUUUGGGAUUAAGCAUAGUUGAAUUUAUGUUGUGCAUAGCCAGUUUCUAAUGAAAGCUAGUAUCAAUAUCAUCAC